GAAACCAAACUGCAUUCGUUGUCAGUUGCCAUUGCAUCAGCACAAGGAACCGGUGCACAAGAGACUCUCCUUUCUUUCAGUAUGAAGGUGACACUGAUCCUGGUCCUGGUGGCCGUCGUCGGCCUCUCCUCCGCCUACUCCCUCGGCGAUGUCUACGAGAAGCUCCAUCGUGUCGAGAGGGACAUGAGCUCAGGAAUGAGCGGAAGCACGUCCGUGGAGAGGAUAGAGAAAAGAGACAUCAGCACAGGGAGCAACAGCAACAGCCUGUCUUUGGAGAGAAUAGAGAAAAGAGACAUCGCUGCCUCUCACGACUUGGAUCUGAGGCGCCUCAGGAGACAAGCCUCCAGCUCCGAGAGUGAGAGCUCUGAGGAAUCCUCUGAGGAAUGGACAACUGCCGCUCCUUGAAGGACAUGUGACGGCGCUGACUUUGGCGAACGACCUGACCUCCAUUUGGCUCUGCUGAUUUAAAUCAAGAUAUUUCG